GCGAAGACACACACAAGGAAGUUUCCUUUUGCCUGCCAGACAACCUCGGUCGCUCGUCAAACCGUGCAGAAGCUCCCCCCAAAGAAAGGAGAAUUAUGAGUUCCGAGGAAGCCGAGUUGGAGCUGCAUUUGGUCCAAGAUGUCCAGCUGACCGAGGUGAUGAGGAUUCGAGUGACGACCCUCCAGCAGAAAAACGAGAAGCCUCAAGACGGCGAGAAGCUCCUUCAGGAUAACGAAUUUGUGUUCCGUCUGGACUUCUCCCAUCAACACGGUCUCCGUUUCCAGAACUGGAAAGUGAUUCUGGACCAGCCGGGCAAGGCCACCAUUAUCGGGACAUCUCAACACUGGACGCCGGACUUGACUAACCUCAUGAGAAGGCAGCUCUUAGAUCCGGUGGGAGUGUUUUGGAAGAAGCCGGAUGCGCCCGAUGUGGUGGACUGCAACGAAGCCGACGCCCUGGAGUUUGGAGAAAGGUUGGUGGAGCUGGCCAAAAUCCGGAAAGUGAUGUAUUUCCUAGUGGCCUUCAGCGACGGUCUGGAGCCAGCUCACCUGAAAUGCUCCGUGAUAUUCAAAAUCUGAAUUCUGGUGGUCCUACCACGUCUCCUCGGUGGCUUUUUUUCCCCCCCUCUGAAAUAAUCUUUCCUUUUGUUUUGGGCUCUGCAGCACCAACUGUGACUUUAGUUUUGAAACCAGACACGCUUUCGAAAUGCAGAAUUCACGUUGACCUUCCUUGACCUUCAGCUUGACCUUAGAUCGGCUCUAAGGAGGACUUAAGGAACACCACCUCCCCUCGCUAGGCUGGGAAAUCUGCUGUUUGAAACGUUGAAGAUGUUCUCCAAAAGUUUUUCAUUUUAAAAAAAUUCAAUGUAUAUAGGCCAUCCGUUUCACUAUCGCCUCUCCAAACAAAAACCGAGCUGGCUUGUGUAGAAGGAGCCUUUGAAAAUUUGGAGCGAUUCCCCACCGCACUCAAGACCUCCAGAAAAGAAGAUUAUUAGGCUCAUGGACUGUCUCAGAAGCCUACCUAGCAGGGCUGGAUGUGAAAAAAAAGGCAUAUCUUGAUAUUCCUUCGAUCCGAUUUAUUGCAGUAAUCUGCGCGCUUCUCAAAAGGGGCAGCAUUGCCUAAAUCCAGGUGCUUGAUCAU